CGCGCCGCCCGCCCCCCCCCCUCCACGCCCCGCUCCUCCGCGUCUUCCUCGGCCGCCCACCCCCCCAAGUUCCGACUCGCUCGCUCUUCCACGCAAAGCCUGGGGAGGGGGUUAGGAGCAGCCGCGCCCCUCUCCCAGCGGCCGCUUUUUGGGCUCUGCUCCCUGCCGCGUGCGCCUGAGCCGCGCGCCCCGGCAGGCCUCAGCCAUGUCGAUGCUGCCGUCGUUCGGCUUCACGCAGGAGCAAGUGGCGUGCGUGUGCGAGGUUCUGCAGCAAGGGGGAAACCUGGAGCGCUUGGGCAGGUUCCUGUGGUCGCUGCCCGCCUGCGACCACCUGCACAAAAACGAGAGCGUGCUCAAGGCCAAGGCGGUGGUCGCCUUUCACCGCGGCAACUUCCGCGAGCUCUACAAGAUCCUGGAGAGCCACCAGUUCUCGCCGCACAACCAUCCCAAACUGCAGCAGCUCUGGCUGAAGGCGCACUACGUGGAGGCCGAGAAGCUCCGCGGCCGGCCCCUGGGCGCCGUGGGCAAGUAUCGGGUGCGCCGAAAAUUCCCGCUGCCGCGCACCAUCUGGGACGGCGAGGAGACCAGCUACUGCUUCAAGGAGAAGUCGCGGGGCGUGCUGCGGGAGUGGUACGCGCACAACCCCUACCCCUCGCCGCGCGAAAAGCGGGAGCUGGCCGAGGCCACCGGCCUCACCACCACGCAGGUCAGCAACUGGUUUAAGAACCGGAGGCAAAGAGACCGGGCUGCCGAGGCCAAGGAAAGGGAGAACACGGAAAACAAUAACUCCUCCUCCAACAAGCAGAAUCAACUCUCUCCUCUGGAAGGGGGCAAGCCGCUCAUGUCCAGCUCAGAAGAGGAAUUCUCACCUCCGCAAAGUCCAGACCAGAACUCGGUCCUUCUGCUACAGGGCAACAUGGGCCACGCCAGGAGCUCAAACUAUUCCCUCCCGGGCUUAGCCGCCUCGCAGCCCAGCCACGGCCUGCAGGCUCACCAGCACCAGCUGCAGGACUCUCUGCUCGGCCCCCUCACCUCCAGUCUGGUGGACUUGGGGUCCUAAGCGGGGGCGGCCCUGGGCCUUGAAGGGAUGGCUGGAACAGCAACCAACCAGAGCGACUAGGGACACUUGUAAAUAGGAAUCAGGAACACCCUUGCAGCUUGUUUCUGGGGUUCUUUGCGCAUAAAGGAAUGGUGGACUGCCACAGAUAUCUCUUGAAAAAAAUCGAAGCCGAUGGUGAUUUCAAACUUUAGUCUCCCUCUUCUCUCUGACCCUUCACUUUUGCGUUUUCCCGUCCCAGUGUGGAGAUCAAGGGGGGGAAAAACCCAAAAACAAAAGCACCCAGGCAUUGUUCUGAGCGACCAAUGCACCUUCUUCGAAUACCUUUCUUUUCUUUCCCCCCCAAUGAACAGGAAUUGCAAGUCAACUGGAUUUUAAUUAUUUUCUUUUAAUUUAUUUAAGGAAAACUAUUUUGGAAAGAGGAAAAAGAAAUGGAGAGAGAGAGAGAGAGAGAGAGAGAGGUGUCAAAAUAAUUAUGAAAAUAGGAACCUCCUGCCUGGAGGAACUGGCUGUAUUCUUAACAUGAGUAGGAAAAAUAUAAUCAUACCACUUUUUUUUUGAUGAUGGGAAAAUUAAGUUUACAUUUUUCAUAUUUAGUGUUAAAUAAUUUUAUGUAGAUUAAAAUAAAAGAACAGUAUUAGGGGGAAAACCAAGUGCCUAAAUGUCUUAAUACUGUCUAGUGUGAGGCAGUUAGAAUAGAAGUCAACAUUAGUGAUACAACUGUUUUAUUGUCAAAUUUGGUGGGGUUUUUUUUUUUUUGGUUGUUGUUUGUUUUCUUGGUUUUUUUUUUUUUAAGUGACAAACUCUAAAAAUGUACCAAUGUGAAAAAUAACUUUCCUGAAUGCAUUAGGUCUCCUGUGCUCACAGCUGUCAGCCCAUAGCCGCCUCCUGCUCACGGGGCUCUCCUGUGCCCAGCGUCCAGCUUGCACAAUGUGGCGACAGAUCUGGCGUCCUGGUAUUCGUUACUAAAACAGCAUGUGUUUUCAGGUUUCUUUUCUAUUGUACCUAAACCAGUCUAAAUUAAAACUUGGUAGAACA